ACAAAUUUUGAUUUUGAUAGCUGCAACACACUUGAAAAAAUUUGGGACAGAGGCAUGUUUUCCACUGUGUCACAUCACCUUUCCUUGUAAUUACACUUUUUAGUCAUUUGGGAAUUGAGCAUACUAAUUGAGGAUACUAAUUGCAGUUUUGCAAGUGGAAUUUGUAAUCUGACUUUUGAAUGGUUUGACAAUUCUCUCAUGAAAUCUGGCACAAAAAGGUGAGCCAUGACCCAUCUUUUCUUGCAAAACCGAGUCUUUGGUGGAUGCUCUUUUUAUACCCAAUCACGAUACCCUCACCUAUCACCAAUUCCCCUGCUAAUUGCGGACUGUUUCAAAACUAUUUAACUGGGAUAUUCUGUAGUCUUUUCACUAUUUUGCCUCUGUCUCAACUUUUUUGGAGUGUUGCAGCCAUUGAAAACAUUUCUUUGUACUUUUGUCAGUUAAAUAAAGGUUCAAGAGAAUUAACAGAUCACAGCUUCUUGAUUUUAUUGUGUUUUACAAAAUCUCCCAACUUUUCUUGAUUUGGGGUUGUAGAUAAGUGAAUUUCUGCAGUUGCAAAAAGCUCAUGAAUAUUUAAUGAGGCAACCAUUGUUUCAUUUACGAUUGGUUGUCUGUUGUUAAUACACUAGUCCUUCCAGUAUAAUUUAGUUUUGCUGCAUAAUGAGUCUAUACAAGCUCUCCUCAACUGUUUGUAUGAAUGAAAUGUUUAACAGUUUAAAUGUUACCAGCUAGUUUGUUUGAUCCAGUGUGUCUUCCUAUGUUCGUGUGAGCAUGUGUGUGUUUUCCAGUAGCCGAGGUUGUGAAGCCCCUAGGGUUGUAAGCUGAUUAGCUUGCUGCUCCAUCCCACGCUGCUCCUGGAGGGAGGAGAUUUGGAGCUAAAAUAACCCCUAAGUCCUCUCAGCAACUUGUUUACAGGACAACGGAUACGAGCUCUGGAGCGGGUCAUAUUCUUUGUUUCCAUGCCGACCCACAGGAUGAUGUGAGUCCGUUGUCUUUGGUGGGCUGAAGGCAGCGAGGUAUCCCGCAGUCCUGAGCACUGCUAGCAUGCCUGUGCAUCAGAUUUCGGUUGUACCUAUCACUAAGGAGAAUGCCAACAGCUCCAGCCGGAAUAGAGACAAGAGUAAAGAGAAUGAGGGUGAGAAGGCACCCGGGCGAUCAGGAAGUCGAUCCAGCAAUAUAUCUAAGGCCAGCAGUUCCACCCAGGGACCCGUGCUGAACAGUAUCUCUCAAACAUCAGUUACACCCUCCUCCCAGGACAUAUGCAGCUCUAGUGGUUACGCUAAACUUGAAGUAGAUGGCUCAGAUCAGACAACACCCGUCAUGCCCAUAAACCCCGCCUCCGAUCCCGCCCCCACCACGAAGAGGCAAGUCAAGCGGCGUAUUCGACGGCGACGGGAGAGCACCGGGACAGUUGGGUGUGCCAAGGAGUGCGUGGACCAGACGAAACAUUCACGAUCGCAUAAGCAAGUGCACACACACUCUGACUCAUCCUCAGAGGACGAGCAACGCUGGAGAGAAGCUCGCUCUUGGAGCCGCGAGAAAGCGAGACGGAGACGCAGUGGCAGCCGACACACACAAGCGCAUCCCCGUGAGGAACGGGACGCCAUUGAGCUCAUGUCUGUCAACUCUGACGAGGGACAGAAAGAGAACCAGCCACCACUGUGCAAGGGUCCCAAUACCAAGGCCCACAAAAAGUUGUUAAAAAAGGAGCGUGGGGGUCAAAGUCAGGCAGCCAAUCACAGGAAAGGGAGGGAUCAUGGUACUAGUAGGAGUGGAAGUGAAGAGGAGGAACCUAUUACAAAGACAUAUGAGGAGCGAGGUUCAGGAGACCCAGAUAUGUCUGUCCCGUCCACCUGUAAAUGCACUAAUCCCACCAAUCAAAAUGGCACCAUGCAACAUGCAUGCACUGAUGAUGAACUAGAGGUGUGCAGGAUCUGUCACUGUGAAGGUGAUGAGGAGUUUCCGCUCAUCACCCCGUGUCACUGUACCGGAAGUUUGCGUUUUGUGCACCAGGCCUGCCUGCACCAGUGGAUCAAGAGCUCCGACACACGCUGCUGUGAGCUGUGCAAAUAUGACUUCAUCAUGGAGACACACCUCAAACCUUUGCGCAAGUGGGAGAAGCUACAGAUGUCUACGAGCGAGCGACGGAAGAUCUUCUGCUCUGUGACCUUUCACCUGGCGGCUGUGGUGUGUGUCAUCUGGUCGCUCUACGUUCUGAUUGACCGCACGGCUGAAGAGAUCCGACAAGGCAAGAACAAUGCGUUGCUGCGUUUGUCCCCUCUCAAUGCCGUAGGGGUGCUGGAGUGGUCGUUCUGGACUAAGCUCAUUGUGGUGGCGGUUGGCUUUACUGGAGGACUCAUCUUCAUGUACAUUCAGUGCAAAGUCUACCUGCAGCUUUGGAGGAGGCUGAAGGCUUUCAACAGGAUCAUCUUUGUACAGAACUGCCCCGACACUGUCCGCAACGGAGAGAACAGGCCACCCCAGGUCACCCAGAGCAACGGCACGCACGGGGCGGUGGAGGUUCCCGCACCUCAGACACAAACAAACACAGGAGGUGUGGAGGUGGCUCCUGUUUGACCGUGGAUGCUUGGUGUUCUGAACCCCUAGAAAAGUCUAGUAAAGGGCUCCUCUAGGUGUAUUUGACCAAAGUGAUGUGAUUUACAUAAAACAAAAGCACUUUUUAUUUUCCCUGUAGGUUUAUCUGAUGGUGGAUAACCUUAUAUGUAUAGACUUUCAUAGAGGUUUAUAAAAUUAAAACAUUAAUUGUGUGCAAUUUAUUGUCCAAAUCAAGGUGUAAAAACAUUAUUACAUAUAAUCAUACCCCCAAUCUAUAAUUAAAUAGUGUAAUAAGGGACUUCCCUAGCGUUUCAUUUAUUUUGCAAGUCCGCAGUCAUAUGUCAUUACAGUUUUUAUAUACUUUGGUCACUUUUUCAAAACUCUUCACAAUUCUCCAAACCAACUUUCAGUUUGGCACAGCAGUUAAUUUCAUGUUCAAAAUGCACUAAAACUACAAAAACACGUCUCAAUCAAGCCAUUCUUCCAUGUCACUAGCAAAUGUUGUCACCCAACAAACAUACUUUGUCACUCAAACAACCUUAAAAAAAAAAUUUCUUGGUUAAAUUUCUUUACAAUCAAGAAUGACACUCUCUACUGUUUAGAAUUCACUGCAGUAUGUAUAUGUGAAAUUGAAACACUAACACCUCAGCUACAUCAAAUUUUUUAUAGUACUUCGUUUUUUAGAUUCAGAAUAUAUUUCAAUAUUGUAUUAGUGUAGAAAUGUAGCAUAUUACCAGUAACACAUUAUAAGUAAUGUGAGUUACAUAAUCAGAUUACUUUUUUCAAGUAACUAGUAAAGUAACAAAUUAUUUUUAAAUUUACAACAAAAUAUCUGAGUUACAUUUUCAAAUAAGUAAUGCAAGUUACUUUGUUUUCCAAUUUAUUGACUGACAGCUCUCCUGUCCCCAUAUUGAGAGAAAUCUGGAGUAAAUGCAGAGGCGUUGUGUGCGCUGUGUAUGUUAUGGUUAUUCUAGACAAGUUCUAGACUAAAUGUGAGCAUACAUUUACUUGUUUACUUCUCCUGCAUCCUAUUCUUCUUAAAGGGUUAGUUCACCCAAAAAUGAAAAUUCUGUCAUUUAUUACUUACCCUCAUGCC